AUGAUUGGAGAGCUGUUGAAAAAGGUGGUUCCACCUGGUGAAGAUGUUUAUCUUCUUGCAGCAUCAGGUAAUUUCUUUCUCUUUGCCUUGAAUACUAGCCAGCAACUCAUUUCAGUUAAUCAUGUGACAAGGGCUGUUAAAAAGAUCCCUCCAAGUCCACUUGGUCCACGUGGCACGUCCUCAUGGAGACGAUCCGGCAUGAAAUUACUCUCCUACCCUCCCGGAUCAAAUGAUUUUCAGUUUUUGUUUGCGGAAUUAAAUGAAAACCGUCCAAUUUUAUACGAAUACGAUUCUCAAAGUGACAGUUGGGUGUCUAGAGAAGCAAGAGAAAAUGAUGGGAAUUUGUCACGUGGCUUUGAAACAUCGAAUGGUUGCACUUUCGUAAGUGCGUGUAAUGCACGGAGUGUAAGUGUUGUUAUUGCCACGGGAAGUCAAUAUGAAACACCCAUCGUUUUGCGUUCGAGAUUUUCCAGAGUAAUAAACGAGGAGGGACAAUUAGCUAUUGGAUUUAGUCGGGAGAAUUCCGUCGAUCAACUAAACAUAUAUGGUGAUGGGAAAAUGAUGAUCGUUAGAUCAGACAGUAUUCAUGAUGCAAACAGAAAGGUGCGAGUGAUGACAGGAGUAGAGUUACGGGGGUUGAGCAACAAUGGAAGGCAUUGGGAAUAUAUUACAAUGGUUCCCAGUGAAUUAAUUGAGCAAAUAAAGAAGCCAUACGGGGCAAUGAUGGGGUGUUUACAGCAAAGAGAUGGGAUAAUUAGGGCAAUUUUGAUGUCUAAUUUGGAAGGUAUAUGGGACAUCACUUGGUUAAGCUAUGAUAUUUUGAAUAAGGAUUGGAGUCGGGUUGUAGUGCCAGAAUGCAAGAUGAAGGGUUCAAACAUGGCUGGAAUUGCCCUAUCCUCGGCUCUCACUCUGUCUAAUUAG